AUGGGUGUGUUACAACCUCGUGGUCGUCGCGACUCGCGCGCGUCGGCUCUUUCACGUCGCAAUUGGGGUCUGGACCAAAACCUCUCCAUCCCACCGGAGGCUCUGGUGGAACAUGCAAACCUGGGCAGCUCCCCCGGCGCCGGGCUAGACGCUUCGAGCUAUACUGGAUCUAGCUUGAGGGCCCCCAGUCGCUCAUUUUAUCACCGCUCACUAAACACUCCUGCAGACCCGGCUCAUUAUGCAUCCGACGGUCUACGAGAGCAAACUGCGGAGCUUGCAACCUACGGCCUGUCACUAAACAAAAAGCCGUCGUCUGGCAGAACCAGUCUCCCGCCCAGUCUCGAUGUUUUUCAGGGCUGCCAUUCUCCGGCGACCUCACACGAGGAAAUCACUAGCUCUCAUCCGCCGGUGGGAGGGCGCUCAUUGGAAUUAAGAUCCGCCCCUGCCGAUUCUGCUGUUGCCUCCUCCGCUCUAACAGAGAUGAUCCUCCGCCCCUCCGCGGACUCGGCCGAGGAUGACACCAAGCCCGCUGUUACGGGAAAUUCCCCGAACCCACACUUGCCGACUAUCCAAGACGAGCCCGAAUCCCGAGACACCGAGCGGACAUCCUUACUGGCCAAAACUCGCUCAAGGUCACCACUCCGUUAUGGCGCUGUGGAGGAUAUUGAAAAUCAGGGUGGACGCCCCACUCGAGCUGUCAACGCACUGGCACAGGGGCUGUCCAAGGUAGCAAAAUGCACCCGGAUUGUGGCCAACCCUAAGGCCUGGGAUAGACGAGCUAUAUGGCAGGAAGGAAUAGUUCAACCUGUCAGAGUGAUCCCGGCAGUGGUGCUUGGACUUCUGCUCAACAUUCUCGAUGCCCUCUCUUAUGGAAUGAUUUUGUUCCCUCUGGGAGAGCCAUUAUUUGCUCACCUAGGCGCGGAUGGCAUCUCCAUGUUUUAUGUCAGCACUAUCAUCUCUCAGGUGGUUUUCUCCUGUGGAGGGUCCAUCUUCAAGGGCGGAAUUGGAAGUGAGAUGAUCGAAGUUGUUCCCUUCUUCCACCAGAUGGCAUUCGCCAUCAUGAACCGAGUGGGUAAGGACAAUCCGCAAUCCGUGAUCGCGACCACCAUCCUAGCCUUCUCUGUCAGUUCGGUCUUGACCGGUCUGGUGUUCUUCCUGAUGGGCGUAUGCGGGCUGGGCUCGUUGAUUGGGUUCUUCCCUCGUCACAUCCUGAUCGGCUGCAUUGGUGGUGUUGGCUACUUCCUCAUUCAAACUGGAAUUGAAGUCUCUGCAAGGUUGCCCGGCUCCCUGGAGUACAAUAUGUAUACUCUCCAGAAGCUCUUCCAGCUCGACACCUUCCCUCUUUGGAUCAUACCCCUGUUCCUUGCAAUUAGUCUUCUUGUGCUCAAGCGCUUCAUUCGGUCGAACUUCCUUGUCGGCGCUUACUUCAUUGGUGUCGCUGUGGCUUUCUACAUCAUUAUUCUCAGUGCCAGUAUCUCCAUGGACACUUUGCAACACAAGGGCUGGGUGUUUGAUGCCCCGUCGUCCAACAACCCUUGGUAUCACUUUUACACCCUUUAUGAUUUCUCUGCGGUCAAUUGGUCUGCCUUUGCUGAUACCAUCCCGGCGAUGUUUGCAUUGACUUUCUUCGGCGUGCUUCAUGUCCCGAUCAAUGUCCCUGCUCUCGGUAUCUCCACAGGAGAGGACAACGUCAAUGUGGAUAGAGAGCUGGUCGCACACGGCGUGACCAACGCCCUCUCUGGAUUCAUGGGUAGCAUCCAGAACUAUCUUGUGUACACGAACAGUCUUUUGUUCAUCGCUAGCGGCGGGGAAUCGCGCUUGGCUGGUCUCAUGCUAGCCGCCGCCACAGCAGGAAUUAUGGUUAUCGGUCCAGUCAUCAUCGGGUACAUUCCGGUAAUGGUUGUCGGAGCUCUGAUCUUCCUGCUUGGCAUUGAACUGUUGCAAGAGGCUUUGGUGGAUACAUGGGGAAAGCUUACUCGGCUCGAGUAUCUCACAGUGCUCAUUAUCGUUGUCACGAUGGGUGCUUGGGACUUUGUGAUGGGUAUCUUGGUUGGCAUUAUUCUUGCAUGCGUGAACUUCGUGGUCCAGACAUCUCGCAAGUCUGCCAUUAGAGCCACGUUCUCUGGAGAGAUUGCGGGAUCAACGGUCCGCCGACCCCCGAUCCAACAGCAGUUUCUGCAUGAGGCUGGCCAGCAAACUCUCAUCAUGAAGCUUGGUGGUUACCUCUUCUUUGGUACCAUCGUCAGUGUCGAGAACACCAUGCGCGGAUUGAUCGAAGACGAGGCAUUCGAUCGACAGCCCAUCCGAUUCCUGAUCCUGGAUUUCUCUCGGGUCUACGGAUUGGACUUUUCUGCUGCCGAGGCCUUCACUCGCAUUAAUCGCAUCCUCCGCAAGCGCAAUGUGCAAACAACCAUCUCUGGCCUAAACGUCGAAGGUGACGUUGGCAAGAGCUUACAAAACGUAGGCCUCUUCGAGCCAGACUCCGGCGUCCCCAUCUUCGAGGACCUCAACUCAGCCCUCGAAUUCUGCGAGAACAACUACCUCGAAGUCUUCUAUAGUCGACAAGAAGCACUGGGUCGCAAGUCCAUCGACUCGACCGCCAGCACCCAUCUCCACCCCCUGUUCCCGUCCCAUCAGGCGCUCACGGCCGCCAACCCAGUCUAUCGGAAAAUAUAG